ACAGCAACAGCUAGUGACAAGCAGAGCAAAAGUAGGGACGUGGAGCCUCACCAGAGAGCCAGGACAGGAAGGUACAGAGGGAGAGAACGAGACAGAGACAGGGAGGGAGUGAAAGAAAGAGAAAAAAGGAGAAACAGAACAAGGUCUGCCUGCCUGAAAGUGAGUCAUGGAAAUGAGCAAAGGAACAAGGACUACGGUACACAUGAAAGUAAGAAAGCGUGAGAAAUAGAUCGGGUGGACCCCCCAACCACACCCCCACCCUCUCACCCCCACCUCUCCAACCCCCACCCCUUUCCUAGCAAAGGGGCAGAGCAGAGCUGGUGAGAGAAACCAAAGUGAGAGAGAGAGAGAGAGAGAGAAAGAGGCAGAGAGGCAGUAAAGAGGAACAUCGGAAGAGGUUGAAAUGUCAUAGACUGACAACAGGGCGGUCAUAGAGGUGUGUCUGCCUGGUGAAACCUGUGUGCAUGAUAGAGAGAGAGAGAGAGAGAGAGAGAGAGAGUUAGAGUGGAGGAAUAAGGGUAGCGGGAGAGAGACAAGGAGAUUAACUACUUGGCUUGAGCAAGAGAAAAGCUGAAAGAAAAAAGGGAACACAAAAGAAAUACAGCGGGAGAGAGAGAGAGAGUGAGUGAGAGAGAGAGAGAGAGAGGAACGGAGGGAGGGAGAGAGAGAGACAGGCAGAGACGGAGUGGGUCCAGAGAAAUGCCUCCACAGGAUUAAGCACUUGAACAAGGAGCCAGGAGGACAGCGAGAGGAGGAAAGCUGAGGUGGACGCGAGCAACUGGGCUGGAAAGUCCGCGCAAGGGACGGGGCCGCACGGAGGAGAACGAGCGAGGCUAUAGGAGACAGAGAGAGAGACCGGUUAUGUCCAUGAAGAAGCAGCAGGUGUGUGUGAGUGUGAGUGAGUAGGUGUGUGUGUGUGUGUGUGUGUGUGUGUGUGUGUGUGUGUGGGAGGAAUGAAGCUUGUUCUUCUCAGGCUGCUCCUCAUUCUGUUCGCCCUCGGAUCCUUCUUCACCCUACUCAUGUGGAUUGUUCACUCAGACAGUGACACCACUCCUCGUAGCGCUUCCCAAAGCCAGAACAGUGCGGACUCAACAGAUUGCCGAGGCUGCAGGGACAGCAUUAUUGACAAGGUGGUGGAACGUUAUUCAAAAAAAUGGAAGAAACAAGAGAACAAUUAUAAAAAGUUCAGGUCGUUGCUGAGCAGCAAGUGUCAUGGUGUCACUAAGGCAGUUGUCACGCAAGCCAAUACCCCUGUGGGGACAAAGGUCGUGUAUGAUGGCGAGAAGAGGAAGCCAUUGCAAGUGACCCCUGCACUGUUCAAUGUCUUUCCAAAGGAGGCACCCUUUGGAAACACAACAUGGGAUUCAUGUUCUGUUGUUGGAAAUGGGGGGAUUCUUGCCAACAGUAGUUGCGGACAGAGAAUCGACUCUGCCCAGUUUGUUAUCAGAUGUAACCUUCCUCCGUUGGACCACGGCUAUGAAAAGGAUGUGGGGAAUAAAACCGACUUGGUAACAGCCAAUCCCAGCAUUCUCCAUGAAAAGUUCAACGGGCUCAUGGAGCGCCGGCGGCCCUUCGUGGAGGGCCUCCGUCCCUACGGCGACGCCCUGGUCCUCCUCCCGGCCUUCUCCUACGGCCACAACACGCCGGUGUCCCUGCGCGCCGUCUACACCCUGGAGGACUUCCACAGCCCCGCGCGGCCCGUCUUCUUCAGCCCGGACUACCUGACGGGCCUGGCCCGCUUCUGGCGCUCGCAGGGCCUGCGCACGGUCCGCCUGAGCACGGGCCUCAUCGUGGCCAGCCUGGCGCUGGAGCUGUGCACCAACGUGCACCUGUACGGCUUCUGGCCGUUCGGCCAGCACCCGCAUAGCCACGGCCGGCACCUCACCAACCACUACUACGACGACCGGGAGACCAAGAAGAAGAUUCACGCCAUGCCCGCCGAGUUCGAGCACCUGCUGAGGCUCCACGAGCAGGGCGUUCUCAGGGUGCAUCUGGGACAGUGCCCGCCCAGCGAUGGUUCCUUCAAGACGCGGGGCAACGGUACCUCAGAGACUGCCACCUGGAGUCUCAGGGAUGUGCCCAGAUGAAGGCCACUGGUGGGCUAUAAGGCACACCAACCGAGGGGUCGAGAGAGCAGGUGUAUGUUGGUAUGCACUGCUGGAAUGUGAUCUGUCAGUCCCCCUGCUGGAGGUCCAUGGCCUGCUGUUGGGCCAUGUCAGCUGUAAAGGCUGAUCACUGAGGCUGAGCAGGAAGAUUAUCAUGGUUCUACAAGGUUAUGAAGGUGAAAAAGUAUUUUCUGAGAAAUUAUUAUUAUUAUUUCUAGAAUAUUCUGACUUUCGUGUCAUGAUAACAUUUAUUUAAAUUGUUGAGCAUUAGUGUAAAUGAACAAACACAUGUAAAGACAAAAAAAUAUUUGUAAAUGAGUUACCCUUUUGCCUGGAACUCUUAACCACCUCCAAACAGUCCCGAACAUCUAUGAACAAAAAGCCAGUUGACAGCUACUGCUACCACCAGUGGGCCGCCAAUGAGAAUAUAGAAAGAAAAACGAAACAGUGCUCUUGAAAUGGGAAGGGACCGUAUGUCGAGUCUUAUGUUAAGCAUACUGCCAAUAAACCACAGAGAAUGCAAGAGCUUUAGCAGAUCAACGACUUCAUGGGUUUCCAUGGUGAAUCUACAUCCCAACUCAUAUCCUGUUCGUCUUCCGGCCGGCAUGGGGUGUUUUUGCAAGAUGAGUGUCUAGGGAAAGGGUGGAUAUAACCCCAGUAGCCUAUAAACCAUUAUUCACUGAUGUCACGGUGAUCCAUAUUCACCACUACUCUGUUUUUUGGCACGACAGAAACCACUCCGGCCCAAAGUGCUUCCUGUAAUGUCAAAGGUCAUAGGCUGGAAAUGUUGUCACAGAUGAGUGUGUAACACAGCUGCAGCUAUUUAUAUCCCCCUGCAGUAUUCACGGCAAUGUGUUAUUUAAGUGCUUCUUGUUGACUGAGAAAAAGACAAAUAAAAGAAAGACAGGGAGAAUGUCAUAUGGCGACUGCAUGUGAGCCUUUCUGAGCCACCAUUCUGAAAAUGUCCUGUUAUUUUAUAUGGUCAGCCUCAGACAUGUUUGACCGCCUUGCUUUGAACAGUGGAUGUCUACUAAGCUGUAAAUAAACUGACAU